UAAGUUUGUGGUGAAAUGGCGCAGAAAGGAGUGGAGCUGGACGCUGAUCGAUUCUCUUGUCCGAUCUGUCUGGAGGUUCUGGAGGUUCCGGUGGCUCUCCCAUGUGGACACAGCUACUGCAUGAAGUGCAUUAAAGACGUGUGGAACAAGAAGAGGAAGAAGAAAGUGUCCAGCUGCCCAGAGUGCAGGCAGACCUUCACACCGAGGCCUGCGCUGGUGAAAAACAACAUGUUGGCAGAUUUAGUGGAGCAGCUGAAGACGACUGGACUCCAGGCUGAUCCUGAUCAUCUCGCCUGUCCAGGUCCAGAAGAUGUGGCCUGUGAUGUUUGCAGUGGGAGGAAGCUGAAGGCUGUCAGGUCCUGUCUGGUUUGCUUAGCUUCUUACUGUGACAGACACCUUCAGCCCCACUAUGAUGCUGCUCCUUUGAGGAGACACAAGCUGGUGGAGCCCUCCACAAUGCUUCAGGUGCGCGUCUGCUCUCGUCACGAUGAGGUGAUGAAGGUGUUCUGUUGCACUGAUCAGCAGUGUGUCUGCGUCCUCUGCACCAUGGACGAUCACAAAGACCACGAGACAGUUUGGAUUCAAGCAGCAAGAGCUGAGAAGCAGAAGGAGCUCGAGGCGGAUCGACAGCAACUCCAGCAGAGGAUCAAGGACCAAGAGGAAGAUCUGAAAGUGCUCCAGCAGGAGGUGGAGGCCAUCGAUGCCGCUGCUGACAAACAAGUGGAGAGCAGUAAGAAGAUGUUUGCCGAGCUGAUACGUCUCAUCCAGAGGCGAAGCUCUGAUGUGGAGCAGCAGGUCAGAUCCCAGCAGAAGACCGAGGCCAGCCGAGUCCGAGAGCUUCAGGAGAAGCUGGAGCAGGAGAUCACUGAGCUGAGGAGGAAGGACUCUGAGCUGGAGCAGCUGUCACGCACAGAGGAUCACAACCAGUUCCUGCAGAGCUACGUGUCCCGGUCAGCCCUCGGCGGGUCUCCACACUCAGCCAGCAUCACCGCUGGUCCUCACAGGUACUUUGAGGACGUGGCAGCAGCUGUGCUGGAGCUCAGAGACAGACUACAGGACGCACUGAGUGAGAAGUGGACAAACAUCUCACAGGUGGGCUCUGAUGUUCAUGUUUUAACCAUGACCUUCCAGUCAGAGCCACAAACAAGAGCAGACUUCUUGAGUUACUCGUGUGAGCUGACCCUGGACCCGGACACAGCGUACAGAACGCUGCUGCUGUCCCAGAACCACAGAGCAGCCAUGGUGGAGUAUGAGCAGGAGUCUUACACCAGUAACCCACAGAGGUUCACUCAUUACAGACAGGUCCUGAGUAAAGAGAGGCUGACUGGGUGCUGUUACUGGGAGGUGAAGUGGGCUGGAGUAGGACUCUGUGUAGCAGUUACAUACAAGAACAUCAGGAGAGCAGGGAACUCACUGGAGUGUGCGUUUGGGUUCAAUGACAAGUCCUGGGUGCUACAGUAUGACAUGGAGGGGUGCCGUUUUACACCAACCAGUUACACUUUUUACCACAAUAAAGUCAAGACUUCAGUCUCUGGUCCGGAGUCGCACAGACUGGGAGUGUACCUGGACCACAGAGCCGGUACCCUGUGUUUCUACGACGUCUCUCAAACCAUGACUCUCCUCCACAGAGUCCGCACCACGUUCACGCAGCCGCUCUACGCUGGAUUUCGCUUUUGUUAUUGUGACGGAGGCGACAUAGAGUUCGUAGAACCUGAAGGAACUGACACGGCUCCGGCCCGCUCUUAAUUACACUUUAGUUAGCUCCAGAUAAAAAACAUGAGAAUGGAAUAAACAGCAUGCUCCUUUAGCUAAUGUUGGGAUCAGUAACAUGGCUGCCGGCUGGGGGGGUGACACCCACCCUGAGCUCACUGCAGGGCGGAAAACAAGCGAGACAAUUAUUUUACUCUUUUCUUUUAAACC